AUGAUGCAGGGAGGGAAAUCCCACCUGCUGUGAGUCACCUGCUUGUCUAAAGGGCGGGUCUUGCAAUGCAGAGACCUUAAAAAGAGACUCAGAGACAAGGGAGAAAAACAACAGGAAGCAGCUCAGAAACUGGAGGUGAAGAACGGAGGGAAGCAAACCAGAACGCACAGAACAGAGAGAAUCAGGCCCAGAGCGAGGGGAAGUGGGCAGAGAUUCCACAGGGACUGACCGGUGCAAGGCACAGAGCCGGCCAGAUUUGAGAAGCAGGCAGCAAGAUGCUGGGGAGCCGAGCUGUGCUGCUGCUGCUGCUGCUGGUGCUGCUGCCCUGGACCACUCAGGGCCGGGCUGUGCCUGAGGGCAGCAGGCCUGCCUGGGCUCGGUGCCAGCAGCUCUCCCAGAAGCUCUGCACGCUGGCAUGGAGUGCACAUCCACCAAUGGGACAUGUGGAUCUACCAAGAGAAGAGGGAGAUGACGAGACUACAAAUGAUGUCCCCCAUAUCCAGUGUGAGGAUGGCUGUGAUCCCCAAGGACUCAGGGACAACAGUCAGCCCUGCUUGCAAAGGAUCCACCAGGGCCUGGUUUUUUAUGAGAAGCUGCUGGGCUCAGACAUUUUCACAGGGGAGCCCUCUCUACUUCCCGAUGGCCCUGUGGGCCAGCUCCACGCCUCCCUCCUGGGCCUCAGGCAACUCUUGCAGCCUGAGGGUCACCACUGGGAGACUGAGCAGACUCCAAGCCCCAGUCCCAGCCAGCCGUGGCAGCGCCUCCUUCUCCGCCCCAAGAUCCUUCGCAGCCUCCAGGCCUUUGUGGCCGUGGCUGCCCGGGUCUUUGCCCAUGGAGCAGCAACCCUGAGCCCUUAAAGCCAACAGCUUCAAGGAUGGCAUCCAGAUCUAUGGCUCAGCAAUGCUAAGAUGAAUCUAUCAGCCCAGGCAUCUACAAGCCAACAAGUUAAUUUGUCCAUUAAUUCUAAUGGAACUUGCAUAUGCUGAAAAAUUACCAAUACUGACUGAUUUAUGAUGCUGACCUAGGACAAGGUUGAGUAUUUAUUAGAUGGGAAGGGAAAAUUUGGGAUUAUUUAUCUUCAUGGCAGCAGUUUGGGGAGGAGGAUUAUUUAUUAUAUUUAUACUGAAAUAUGCACUUUUUUCAAUAAAGACUUAUUUAUGUGG